AUGACAAAUGCGACAGAAACAAGUUAUAGGGCAGACAGAGCCGAAAGAAUGAACAGAAUAGAAAGGACAGAUAGAACAGACAAAAAGAAUAGAAAAAAAAAGGGAGAGAAUGGACAGAACGGAAAAAACAAGCAGAAAGACUACAAGGAUACAGAAAACAGAAAGUACAGUAAGGAAAUAGAACAUGCAGGAAGGAGAGAAAAAGAAUGGAAAGGAAAAAACAGACGGAGAAACAGAAAGACGGUAAAGAUAGAAAGGGCAGAACGGACAGAAGUUAGAGAAAGGAUAGUUACCACAGAACCAAUUAAACGGACAGAAAUGAUACAAAAAGGACGAAAAGGGGAGAUAGAACAGAAAGAACAGAUAGACUAG